AGAGUGACGUCAUCGAGCGGGAGACUCCUCGGUGGGUUGGAGUCAUGUCGGUCCACUCACUUUCUCAGUUGCGAUCGUGUUGUCUUACGUGUUACACAGCAACCAAGUACGCUCGGAAAUGAGGGCCUUAGUAUUUCUCUCCGUCUUAGCCACAGGUUUGGCGGUUCGAACGCCUUCUAUAAGCUGGAUCACAAAAGAGCAAGUGGUUGACAUCGGCUCCAGUAUCCAGCUGGAAUGUUCGGUGCAGUACGCGCAGGAUUACCCUGUUCUUUGGGUCAAGAGAGGGUCGGGCGGUGUGCAGGAUCUUCCCAUCUCAUCGGGUCCUUCGCUUAUCCUUAGGGACUCUAGAUACGCUCUCAGACACGACGAAGGGUCCGCUACGUACAUCCUACAGAUCAAGGAUAUCCAGGAAAGCGAUGGAGGUGAUUACAUGUGCCAAGUUUUGAUUGGGAUCAACAACAGAAUCACAGCCAACGUCAAACUCUUGGUACGAAGGCCUCCUGUCAUUUCGGAUAACUCGACCAGGUCUGUGGUAGCCAGCGAGGGCGAAAGUGUAGAAUUGUCCUGCUAUGCUGGUGGUAUGCCCAUUCCAGAUAUCUCCUGGAGAAGAGAAAACAAUGCUAUUCUUCCUACAGGGGGAUCAAUUUACAGGGGGAACGUCCUUCAGAUUGCUAAUGUCCGCAAGGAGGAUAGAGGUACUUACUACUGUAUUGCAGAAAACCAGGUGGGACGAGGUGCUCGCAGGAACAUCAAUGUUGAAGUAGAGUUUGCCCCAGUUGUGACAGCUAUUCGUCCUCGAGUAUAUCAGGCUCUCCAAUAUGACAUGGAUUUGGAGUGCCACGUAGAAGCUUAUCCUCCAGCAGCCAUCACUUGGAUCCAUAAGCAGGAGGCCUUAGUUAACAAUCAGCAUUAUAGAGUCUCUCAGUUUGCAAGUGCUGACGAGUUUACAGACACUACACUCAGGGUUCUUACCAUUGAGAAACGACAAUUUGGAAAUUACACCUGCAUGGCUACCAACAAAUUGGGUCAAUCUGAAGCUACCGUCACUCUUAUUGAGACUACCACGCCCGUGUGCCCGCCCGCGUGUGGCUCCCUCAGCUAUUCUGCUACCUACACGCCCACGCCCUCUACCAAGGCAAUCCUCGCCCUCUUAGCUGCCAUCUUCUUCAGGAACUGAGAGAACACACUGUACCAAAUAUCCGAUAUCCAGGAUUACUGCUUUAUACAGCAGGGGGUGAUAAUCCCAGUCUUCAGAUGAACCACAUCCUUAUCUUUUCACUGUUGGCCCUUAUUUCUUCACAAAAUCAGCAAUAGUUACCACGUUAUAUUUGCAUACAUUGAAUAGUUUAUUUGUAUAAAUUCAGUCUUUUAGUUUCCAGCAAUAUGACUUGGAAAGAAAUAGCAGAACACAUAGCAUAUGUAUUUCUUUGCAUUGUUGCUACCAUACUGCCAAGUGACAUGGCUCGUAUGAUUUUAAGUUAACCAGGGCAUUCAUAGGUUUCGGAUUUAUUUUAUUACAAACUAGGUGGUACAGGAUUGAAAGUUUAUUAAUUGGUUAAAUACUAAAUCAGAUUUUUACCACUGAAGGAUGUGCCUAUAUAUGAUAGAUGUAUAAUAGUUAAAAUUUUCAUAUGUAGGAAUUGCGUUUAAAGUAAAUUUACCACUUUUGGUAGUGGAAUUGUCUUGGGCCUCAUUUUCCGUUUUACAUUAGUGUUUUCACUAACAUUCUAGCAGAAGUAAAUACUUAUCUUUUAAGAAGCAGGAAAAGUACUUAUUAAUCAUAGGAAAGUCAAUGUUGUUUACUGGGAUGUAAUUCAUUCAAAUGGCUUACAUUUUGUUUUAAAAAAUUAUAUACACCUUGAACAGAGGUACUAUAAAUGUACUGUAUACCCUAACUGUGGCCUUUUAAGCUACUGUUAACUAUUACAUCAUCACAAUCAAAAUAUGCAAAGUUGAGAGAAGUUUACCACCAGUUUUAUGAUCUCAAUGUUUCAAUUUGCUCAUUCCCAAGACAUUAUGAUAUCUGAGCUUGCUCCAUGUGCUGGAUGUUAAGUUAUAUACAAAGAAAUGAAAGGGAAGAAAGUGUAGUUUUAUAAAAACUUAAGUCAUGGUUGCAAGGGACAUUUCUAUUUUAGCCUCCGCAUAGUAACUUUAAAGUACAGCAUAUGAUGUUUAAUGCACAGGGAAAGAAAUGAAAGAAAACAGUAGUUUUAUAAAAACUAAGACGACAUGGUUGCAAGGGACAAUACUAUUUUAGCCUCCGCAUACUCACCUCAGAGUACGGCAUAUGUUGUUUAAUGCACAGGGAUAAUUUUCAAUUUAAUAUAUCACACGUGCAGGGGUUAAACAAUAAAAAGCUGUGAUGCCUGAUACAGUGGUCACAAGCUUCAAUAACAUACACACUGUACAUAGUUAGUUUGUUCUCCAGUACGUGCAGAAUGUGAUACUGUCAGGAUCACUGUUCAAUAAAAAGGGGAAAGUAAUACAAAUGUUAACUUUAAAGGAUAUGACAGUCAGCUUUCUGUUGUAACAUUAAUGCUGUAUUAACUUCAGUUUAUCAAUGCUGAAAAAUGUUGCAGGUGAUUGGUAAAUAGUUACACUACAUGCAGAUAAUGGACAGUUUUUUAUUUUUAUUUUUUUUAUCAGCAUAACCUUAACACUCAGGAAGCUGAACAAUGUGGUCCAUUAAAAAGGUACAAAUAUUACAAAGAAAAUGGGUACUUUGUGGACUUCCCCUUAAGGAAUCAUAAAAUUACAAUUCGGAAUUUAACGAGGCAAUAAGAAUACUUAGGCUAAUUAUUACUGGAUUCAUUUUUAUGUGAAUUGUAGGAGAUAUACAAUUUUUCCCAAAUUUCAUAGCUUACAACCAUACGGUUUUCAGGAGACGGUACGUAGGUUACUGUUGAAUCCAUAGGGUUUGUCAUGCUGCAUUUUAUAAGUAAGGUAUUUGUAUAAAAAUAGUUGUGCAAUUUAAAGUGUAUGUAUGUAUAUAAGGUGAUGUGAGCAUUCCUAUAUUACAUUAUGUAUGAAGCAUGAGUGUGAAUGAAAGUGAUUUUAAAUCUUAUAUGUUGUGGUUUGAAUUAUACAAUAUUUUGUAUGUUUUUCUGCCAAUAAAAAGUCCUCAUGA